CCCAGCGAACAGUUAAGGUUUGCUGCAGCGGAACAAUUGUAACCAUUCUUAUGAGACGGAUCAGAAUUUUAAAGAUAUAGAAGAAAAUACGGAAUUUUAAAUAGAUAUUUUUCAAAUUGACUAAAACAUGUUUGCUUGGCGUUUCUAUCUGGUGCUUGUGCUCCUCUCUGCUGCCACCGCGAAUGAUUUAGAAGCGCUUACUUCGGAAAUAUCAAACCUCGGGCGUAAAAUGGAUUCAUUUCAGUCGUUUGUAUUUCAGGAUAUUUUGAGCAUCAAAGACAAAAUAAACAAAAUGGAUUCGAAAAUAGACGCGAUGAUUGUAAAUGAAAAAACCGAUAAAGAAAAAGAUCAAGCACAAUCUGGAAGCCAGACUCAUGAAGCCUCAUCAUUAAAUGAUAAAAUCGAACCCAUGACUUUAAAGAAACAAUUAGAUAGAAUAAGGAGGGGCUUUCGCGAGGAGAAAGAAGCGAUUCGACAUGACUUGGACGAUCUGAAAGGUAUUUCACAGAAUCUUCUUGUUGGGAAAGACCAAAUUGCGGAAUACCUCAUAACAUUAGAGACGAACGUUCACACAUUUCUCAGUAAAAUUAUUGGUGAGUUAAAGGAUGGAAUUCUCGACAUAACCAAAAACGUUCAAAACAAUUUAAGCACGUCGAUUGAGCGCAACGAAAUGGGAAUUGAUGAGAAAGUUCAAUCGUUAAAAGAACUUGUUCAACAAACUGAUAAUAUAUGUAAGUCAAUAUCUGACAAUAUUACCGAAACGCUAACAACAGCUCUAUCUGCAUCAGAGACAACCAUUGUAGGCCACCUUAACGGCACCGGUCUGAAAACUGCCGCCCUUGUCAACGCAGUGACACAAGACUUAAACACAAUUAAGGAAAACAUUGAUACGAUUAUUACAAAUGCAAAUAUCAAUUCUCCGGUGCGUCUUUUAAAUGGAAACAAAAGCUUAAACUAUAUGUAUGGACGUUUGGAAAUACUACAUGAUGGCGUUUGGGGGACAGUUUGUGAUGACGAGUUUGAUGAGAAUGAUGCAAAGGUUGCUUGCAAAAUGAUCGAUUUAAAUUUCACAAAAUAUAUAGUUCGUACACGUGCAUACCAUGGUCGAGGAUCUGGAAUGAUUUGGCUUGAUGACUUGUCUUGUAAUGGAGAUGAAAAGUCUCUAUUUAACUGUCCAGGAGUUGUGAUUGGUAAACAUAAUUGCAACCAUGGCGAGGACGUUAGUAUUUAUUGUCAGUACUGAUGGCUUCAGAGAUUCUAUGUGCGUGUGUAUCCUCCCCGCGUGACCCUUGAAUUUAUGGGAAACCUUCCACUGGUAUUAAAGAGUGUCCGAAGCGAAGAGUAUCUACGUAACUGGUGCUAUUUUAGCUGUACCAAAUUAUACAUUAUCUGCAAAGAGAAAAAAAACAACAAACUUAAAGACUCAGUUUUGACUGUAGUAUUAUGUAGGCGCAUGAAUAGAUGGACAACAAAUAUGAGUAUAUCCAUUAUUCGUUUUCCAGAUGGAAGAAUAAAAACAAAACAGAAACAUACUUAUUAAAAGUAAUGACUAACUAUUUUAAGAAUGCUUUACACUGACUGUGAUAGUUGUCGACAAUUAUAUUUUGUUAAUUAAUGAUUAAUCCUUUGCAAAUGCUUUACAAUAAUUAUGACAGCGGUCUACAAUUAUACUAACUGAACCAAAUGACUCAUUCCUUUGCAAAUGCUUAACACUGAAUAUGACAGCGGUCGACUAUCAUACUAACUUAUUUAAUGACUUACUCCUUUGUAAAUGCUUAACACUGAACAUGGCAGCGGUCGACAGUCAUACUAACUUAUUUACUGACUUGCUCCUUUUUAAAUGCUUAACACUGAACAUGGCAGCGGUCGACAGUCAUACUAACUUAUUUACUGACUUGCUCCUUUUUAAAUGCUUAACACUGAACAUGGCAGCGGUCGACAGUCAUACUAACUUAUUUACUGACUUGCUCCUUUUUAAAUGCUUAACACUGAACAUGGCAGCGGUCGACAGUCAUACUAACUUAUUUACUGACUUGCUCCUUUUUAAAUGCUUAACACUGAACAUGGCAGCGGUCGACAGUCCUGAAUCUUCUUAAGAAACCUUAUGAACGACGGUGUCAGCAUCCAGAAUUACACACAUGUGAUCCAUUCUAAAAUCGUGUCAAUAAAACAAAUGGAGAAUUCCGGAACCUCCAGGUUAACCUUGCCAUGGUCCUAAAAAAAAUCUUAAGAAAAUUGUAUGCCAGGGUAUUAGCCAGGUUUUGAAACACACUGUGUUAAUGAAUAGUAUAACUUGUAUACUAAUUGAUAUUCCAGUCGCUUUUUCCUAUUCUUAUGUUACAAAUAAUGAUAUAUUGUGUUCAUAUACUGAAACUGUUUCUCUAAAUUACAAAUAUUAUGCAUGUAGUUUUGUUUUAAACUUUUGUUGAAUAUUGUACCAUAUGUGUUAUGUAUUUUACAUCAUCUUCUGAUGAAAUGUAAGGGAAAUAUAUGAAUCGAAUGGAGCAUUACCUUAAUAUAUAUCAGUUGCUGUCGUUUGUACCAAAAACAUAUUUCAAUCUGUCUGUAUGCAGUCAUUAUUUAAUGGUCAAUUAUUUUAAGUAUGUAUUUUCAAUUAUAAAUGGUUUGAUGCCAUGCACUUCUAGCAAUAUUUAAGUUAUUCAGUGGUCUACAUUAUAUUGUGUAAAUUACCCACUUACUGGGCUAGCCACUGCCUGCAUCUACAGCUUCACCUGAUUAAAAUGAAUUACGGCUGACUGCUGAUUUACUGCAAUCAAUUUAUUGGAAAACUUGGUAAUUGCUGCCUUCUCAUUGGACAAAAUACAAUGUUGACCACUUAAUAAGCUUAUAGCACGUACUAUUUAUGUUUAUAUGUGAAUAAUAAAAACACCACAAACUUACGUUACUAUGAGAGCUGUAAACUUACAUUGUCUGGUUUUUAACAACCCCAAAAAUAUAUUUAAAAAAAAAUAGAUAACAUUAUGAAAUACUUCGAAAACAUUUGUAGUUGCUGUAGAUGCUUAUCCGGUAGUUAGUCUUGUUUUUUGUUAUAUUGUUUUACUUUAUAAUACACAAUAAUUUAAUCACUUCAAAAUACUAUAAUGUACAUUGUAUAUGUAUUUGUCAACUUGGGCCAUGGCCGUCUGGAUAGUUUGUAAAUAAACAGAUGUAUCAUU